AUGGUCACCAGCAUGCCUGUGUGGCUCGCAACGUACGAACCGAUGGCAGUCGAUGGGAUUCGCCAUACAGCCAAGCGCGUGAAGCACGCGCAAGGGCGACAAUGGUGCCUAUACGGCGCCAGGAACGGGUUUCGUGCACUCCGUGACUUUAUGACCCCAAGUGGUCACUGGCUCACCUGGCAACAGCUUGCGGCACGAAUGCGCGUUCACAACCCGGCAACACGCGUGCACCUCAACCGAGCCGGACGGAUAACUGCGUCAGCAGCUCGCGACACUGCAGCCGCCUACAAGCACUUGAGCGCCGUCUACGACCAGAAAACCAUCAAGGACGUCGUGACGCCAUUCGAGCAGUGGCCAAGGCGCGACGUUCGGGACAUGACAAUGCACACGCCCGAAUCAAACCGUACGCACCCUAUGCUUUCGGACAUCCACCGCACGGAAGCUGAAGUCGAGACCUACCUGGCGGACAUGCGGCGCCUACUCACUGCUGCCGCGCCCGUGCAUACCGACGUCUGGUUUCGCCUUAUGAUGAAGAUGCUCAUGGUGACCUCGCGUCGACACUACAUCCAGCACCGUGAACCAGAGGCCAUCCUCUGCACACACGGCUGCGGCGACGUGGAGACAGAGAUGCACCCCUUCUUCUGGCAUCGUGUCACGCACCUCGACCAAUUCAACGUCCACAACCGGCACUCGGCGAACCGUGACAACCUGUAUCAACUGUGGGCCAUGGCAGUUGCCAUAACGGUACACUUGAUUUGGAUGCGGCGCAACGCGACAAAGUUUGACAAUGCCGCAGUCCGACGCCGGCUUCGACUUUUCGACGCUGCGUCACCCGAAUACCAUCAAUUACGCGCAGCCGCGUCUCUCAUGCUCGCCCAGCGAGGCUACCGAGAGCUUGCAGCGAAGCACCCCCUCGGCCUCCAACUCAAGCCAACGUUCGCCUAG